CGACAGAAAGACAGCCACCUAGCUACGCAGUUGUUUGCUUUAUCGGAUUUGUUGGAAUUUUCCACUACGGAGUUUGUUUACAAUAUAGUUUAGAAGUACCGUGUAGACUGGCGGAUAAUACACCAAAACAAAACCGGAACGGAGCAUUUCGAGAAAUAGUUGCGAUCUCUCCGGGGCUACGUGUCGCAGUUCAUCCGUUUUUUGUUUUGGACUUUGAGGAGCGGAUGGGGUUAACUAACUGUUAGCAUCGUUCGGUUAGAUAAGCUACUGGAGCCCGGAGCGGGGUUAGCCUUUAGUAGUUGAGAUGGAGUUUCUUGGAGUCGGCGGAGGAACAGGUGGAGUGGUGGUGAGCGGUGGUAACGUCCCGGCCUUUCUUACUAAACUGUGGACCCUUGUGGAAGACCCGGAGACAGACCCUCUUAUCUGCUGGAGCCCGAGUGGAACCAGCUUCCAUGUUUUCGAUCAAUGCCGGUUCUCUAAGGAGGUCCUACCAAAGUUCUUCAAACACAACAACAUGGCCAGCUUUAUUCGACAGCUCAACAUGUAUGGUUUCCGUAAGGUGGUGCACAUCGAGCAGGGUGGCUUGGUGAAACCAGAGAAAGAUGACACAGAGUUCCAACAUCCAUUUUUCGUCAGAGGGCAAGAGCACCUCCUGGAGCACAUCAAACGAAAAGUCACCAACGUGUCAUCAGUCCGUCAGGAAGAAAUGAAGAUCUCGACAGAUGAAGUCAACAAAAUCCUGACCGACGUUCAGCUGAUGAAGGGAAAACAGGAAACCAUCGACUCCAGGAUCAUCGCCAUGAAACAUGAGAAUGAGGCUUUAUGGAGGGAGGUGGCCAGUCUGAGACAGAAACAUGUGCAGCAGCAGAAAGUUGUCAACAAGCUGAUCCAUUUUCUGGUGUCUCUUGUCCAGACCAACAGAAUCAUGGGAGUCAAGAGGAAGAUACCCCUGAUGCUCAAUGACUCUAUCUCCGCCCACUCUAUGCCGAAGUACAGCCGACCCCUGACGCUGGAGCACAUUCAGAACGCAGCCGCCAAUCUCCUCUCACCGGAUUCACCGCUGAAUUCUGGACCGAUCAUCUCGGACAUCACAGAGGAAGCGCCGUCCUCCCCGGAGGAAGCGCUGUCCUCCCCAGAGGACGCAGCCACUGACUGGACCAGCCUGGAAGAGAACCGCUCGACUUUUAUCAAAGAGGAGCCAAGCAGUCCCGAGGUGGAGGAGUGUCCUGUUCUGGAGGUGGAGCAGGAUUCACUCCCAGCAAACGUUGACACGCCUCUGUCCCCCACCACCUUCAUCAACUCUAUACUUCAGGAGGAAACGCAGCUGCCGCAGGUCACCUCCUCCUCCUCCACCACCACCACUGCUACCACCACCAUCACCCCAGCAGCUCCGCCUGUGGUUGUGAUGAGCCCCGCCUCUGCCGGGCCCGUUCAGUCGGCUCCUACCGUCAAAUUUCCGGCCUCUGUUUCCAGCUCGAACUCCGCCUCGGUCCCAAGCCCCGCCAAUCCUAAACAGAAAUGUCAGACCAUCGCCCGACUCGACAGGUUCCUCCCCCCACCGCCUGCAGGUGGACACACACCUGAUGUUUGGCGCGUCCUAUCGAAACAUCCUGAGAAGUUCGAACUCUCCGAUCACGUCGACAGUAUUGACAACAGUUUAGAAAACCUGCAGGGUAUUUUGAACUCUCAAACCUUCACCUUUGACCCGUCUCCCUUCAUGGAGUUCUUCAGCUCAUCCAUUCCCUCUGCAGACUUUGACAUCGAAAGUUUGGAUAAUCUGCUGUCUGACGAAGCCCCUAAAGAAAGUGAAGACAGAACAGGGAAGCAGCUGGUGCAGUACACCGCCACGCCUCUCCACCUGACUGAGCCGGUGGUCCUGGGGGAAGGCGACGCCGACCUCCCGUCCCUCCUGGAGUACGAAACGGAGCCGCUGUUCAACUCGGAUGCGGCUGGCGACGACCCGCCCGACGUCCUGCUGAGCCCCUCCCAACUGGACUCUAACCUCUAAUAUCCUGAAGAAUGUAAUGACUCCUCAGUAACAACAUGACACUGGGCAGCAGCUCAGCAGCAGCAAUAGACGACGACAACGAAGAAAUCGAUGGGUUGUAGAUCAAUCAUUAGGUCAAAUGUCAUGUUUUUAUCAGGCAGAUGUUAUUAAUCGAUAUUAAUCCAUUUCUAUACUUUAGGAUUUUUAUUUUAGGUUUUAUUUUUGUGUUUGCCACCUAAAUCAAAACCUUUCUUUGUUGCUUGUUGUAAAAAAAAAAAAAAAACAGGAAUGAAAAGUUUAAAAAAAAAAACAAAACAAACCGGGGUCACAUGCGCCUGCUGGUGUGUUCAGGGACAGAUCUGGAGGCGGUCGCACAGCGCGUGAUGUCGGGAUCAUGUGACCCUGGUGAUUACCGCAUUGCAUGUUUAAGUCACAUUUGAUGGCUGUAUUUGUUUUCACGUUUAUAAUUUAAACAUAAAGAAGAGGAUCGGAAUAUUUUUGGAAGAUUUUAUUGCAGAGUGUUUAUCCUCGUCCUGUUGUUUCAUCAGACAGGAUCGCUUCGAUCCAGACCUUUCCUGAGGUCUACUGCGUAUUUUCUAACGCUGGACCCCUGAUUAGGCAUGGGCCGCUACGACAAGUCUGACGGUGUGUGUGAAAAAUGCUACAGUAUCACUGUAUGUACACAAACAUGUAUGACACGAUCAGUCUGCAAAUAUCUCUACUGCUACUAAAAUUGCUGUUAUGUUAUCAGCAAAACUUAUUGAUUAUUUUAGGUUUUUAUACUUAGAUUUAAGCAGAGAUGUAGAAUAAAACACUUGGUUGUUUUAGUGAUUUUUGAAACGCUUGUUGUGCUGAAUAUUGUAGCUUUUGUCAGUGUUUUUGCGAGUGGAAAGUGGAAAGGAUGCAAGAGUUUUAAUAGAUGACCAGGAGAGCGCAGCAAUAAGUCAGAACAUUCUGGCAUUUUUGGUAUUUUCUGAGCUUUUAGGAAAGAACAGAAUGGUGGAAAAUCUCAACGGUUUUUUGGAACCGCAGCUUUUUAAAACCUUGGUAGACUCUGAUACCGGUAGCUGGCCCAUGCCUACUCCUGAUAGUGCUGGAGUUUUGACAGAAACUUAAAGUAUCUCCAAAACAAAAAUAAGAUGAAAAACUUAUUUUUGCAACUAACAAGAGGUUUGUUAUGCUGGAGAGUUUUGACUGGACCACUUGCUCACAGAAAACAAGCUAGGUUAAAUCACUGUUUACUUUUCUUAGAAGGUUUCUCCGUCUGGUCUAAAACGCAUUAGUUUGUCAGCAGCUCCAUCAGUUUUCUACAUUUUGGACCCAUUUUUCCCAAAGUGAGUUUAGAGUGGGGGCAUUUCUGUGUAAUGGUACUUUUGUUGGGUCCAGUGUUGCCAGAACCAGAUCAGAUUUAUGGCAAAAACUUACUUCAGGACAUCAGGUGUCGCGUUUCAGUUUUAAUGAAACGUAUCCAAGAUUGUUUGUACUCACAGUCUCAAGCAUGGAUUCACCUUUUAUACUCACGUUUCUUUUAUUUGAAUAAACUUCCAACUUCAGCUGCGGAAGGAUUAUUAGAGCUUAAAGUGAAGUUACUUUAUUUAAAAUGUAUAAGGAAAGUUUGGCUGGGAUUGUGCAGGUUUAAUAUAUUACAAUAGCAAAGAUGUGUGUUUGAAACAAGGGCUGCACAUUAAGAAAACAUGAGAUUGCAACUUUAUUGAAGAAUAUACGCCACAUUUUCCUCACUCUUAACUUCUCCAUCAACACUCCACCGUCUUUCUAGAGGUUUAGCCUCAAAAACCUUAUUGGGUGUGGAAAUGCUACAACUGAACAAAUGCAAAUCUUAAUAACUUAAUUAUUGAAAAGUUGGUUCACUUCAAAAGGAUAAGCUUAUGAGUAUUCUUUACACACACAGAUAUAUUUCCAGCGGCUAACAUCUAAUGGAAAACAAAAAUUCAGGUUCUCAGAAUAUUAAGUUACAAUUUAAAAAAAGGACGUUUGAUCCUGAAGUUCAGGCAAACUGAAACAACAUCAGCAGUCAGUACCUGGUUGGGACUCAUUUUGCAUGAAUUACUGCAUCAAUGCGGCAUAGAAUGGAGGCGCUGAUGAUGUUUUAAACUUGGUUUUCAGCUUAUCUGCAUUGUUGAGUCCGACAUUUCAUCUCCAACUUGACAGAACCCGAUAGAUUCUCUGUGAGGGUGAGGUCAGUUUGCAGGCGUAUUAAUGACUAAAUCCCAAUGAAAUCAUCAUCUUGAAGGUUAGCAGCAGAUAAAAUCAUUGAGUUCUCUGAAAUUAAUCUCAAGCAGACUCUUGAUUAGACUUUGCUUCGCUUCCUUAUUACACCUGUAUUAGAUUAUGUUGCUCGUGCACCUUCUACCAUACUUUUUCCUUCCACCCAACUUUCCAUUUUUAGGCUUGAUCAACAUAAUAUGUUUGGAUUAAUAUCCUGUUGCUCUUCUAUAACAUUCACAUUUUCAGAGAAUCUGAAUUUUGGGAUUUCAUUCGCUGUAAUCACAAUAAUCUAAAUAAAAACACUUUAAGCAAAACACUUGCUCCUUAUCAAAUGCAUAUGAAACAAAAAUAUAGAUCAUAAAUGAUUGACUUGAUUUAUACAUUUUAGAUUUAAUCUGAUCUACAAUAAAUUCUCAGUUUAAAUGCAUCAAGCACAAGUCUCUGACAGUGAGGUGGCUCCUGAUGUCCUGAUGCGUCGGUCCUCAGAUGCGCUACAGGUUUGUCAGACGCUGUAGACGGGAAGCUCUGCCAUGUAAAAACCGCCGCGAAUAAUAUAUUGACUUUAUUUGAUUUUUGCAUUUAAUUCCGACAAACAAGCCAUCCAUCUUUAAUUUUCUUGACGGCUCUCUACAUGUUGGGAAGAGGAGGGUCGAAUGUUGAAGUAUUCUGGUUGCAAAACUUUUGUUCAAUAAAUUGUUUUGAACACA